AUGAACUCGCUCCUCUGCACUAGUCGCUCACUUCGAGCCACCAAGCCUACAACGCGAUUGCCCGUCUUUCUCCAAGGUCAAAUCCAACAGCGACUGAACAGCCAUAGCUCCUACGGCAAUGGCGAAACUAAAUCUGAAGACGAUAGAAACAGACCUACCCGUGACAUAGAGCAUCCAGGACCACCACCACCCAACGUCAAGAGUGAGAACAGCUCCAAGUCACAGCCGUCAUACAAGCAGUCUGAGUCGCCGACCGGAGAGGUAGAAGAAGACAUCAAUAUGAGGCCGUCCAACAAGGCUAAGCCGACCAUCACGGAUGGCCACCAGUCGGAGAAUGUUGACAAGGAAGGGAAUAUGCCGCCCAAUGUUCCCGAAGAUGUGAAAAGGCACAAUGAAGAUAUCGAUAAGCGGCCCGACAAGCCGUACAAUCGGACUAAGGAUGAAUGA